CUACUCUACUUCCACUAUUAUUAAGCUCCUCGAUCCCUUCUCUUCUUUACUUCCCUCCCCCCCAUCUUCCACUUUCUUCUGAAUAUCAAUCUGCUAUACAUAUAUACACACACUCUUCCCCUCCAUCCAUUCCCCCUCCUCCUCUUACUAUCUUACCUACUCCAAUAUUUUAAUCCUUCACCUGGAUCGUGGAUCACCACCCACAUUGCUUGGCAUAUAAUAAAUACUAUAGCUUCUAUUUCUAAGCUACAAUGGGAUCUGGAAGCUUGCCCUCUCCUCCGGCUGAGGAUCAUAAGUCGACCCUCUCUCGGAAAAGCACAUCCUCAAGUACCAAGUCGGUCAAGCCUGUGCAUCGCACCUCCAAGCGAGCCAGUUCAAGUGCUGCUACAAUUCACCACCACGAUCAUGUCACACAUACAACUGGCAUGGAUGGUCGACACAAGCGUGUAUGGAAGGCUUGUGAACGAUGUCGCAUGAAGAAGACCAAGUGUGACGGUGAAUUUCCCUGCAAGCGAUGCAAGGAUGACGGUCUGGUCUGUACUGCUGGUGUACGAAAGAAGAUGGAAUACAAGCAGUUGCCUCGAGGUUACGCCGAGGUUCUCGAGAACACCCAAUUCGCUUUAAUUGCUACCGUUCACAAACUUUACUCAAUGGUCCGAAACAACCAAUCGUGGGACCUUGGCGAGCCCGAAUUAAACGAUCGCGGCCAACCCGUAAUCCAUAACAUCGCCCAAAAGCUCGGAUGUAUCCGCCCCAACAGCGAUAUCGAUCUUCCCGUGCACUCGGUAUUCCCUGAGGAUGAGGCCGGCAUGGCUGAGCUGGCUCGACAGCUCGAGGACCAGCAAAAGGAACACGAGCCUCACAAGGAAGCCAUCAAGGACACAGACUCUUCAGUGUGUAACCGAACCGAGCGAGCGUCAUCAUCGGAACUCGACCAUUCCGACGUCGACAUCGAGUAUGAUUACAGAAAAGCUGCAUUUGGUAACACCAACGCCAUGACCCUUUCACCGCAGAGCUUCACAGGCUCUCCCGACUUCGACUUUGCCCCUCCACCACCCGAAAUCGAUGCUUCAACACUGUUCCCCUCACAAUCUCCCUCGAUGAACAAUUUCCCCGCCUGGCCAAUGAUCAAGCCUCAACUCACCGACCUCACUAUGCAAUUCCUACAACAGCAACAACAAAGCGGUAUGAUGGCCAAUAUGGAUAUGUUGAACCAGGGCCUUGUGGAAUCAGAGUUCGGAACAAUCAAGCCUCACGUCCUUUCAUGUCCCAACCCCGAAGUAAUGCUGGGUAUGGGAGACCCCAUGAUCUAUUCAGGUUACGAUGGCGAACCGAUGCGACUAUGAUUCAAUCGACCGAACGAAUUGAAACUUGACUAGCACGAUUAGACCUGUUUUACGGCCAUUCUUUGUUUCGUCCAAAAUUUGUCACACGGCACGGUGUUUGCAGGCUUUCUGGCGUUUUUUUUUUUUUUUGGUUUUUUUUUUGGUUUUCUCAGCUGGGUUAAUACCCGUGGGGGUUUGGUGUUUAAAGGCACGGAUUCACAGAAUUGGUGCGGCGUUGUAUGUUUUCCGAUGUCCGACAUGGUUGUGAAAGGGAUGUAUGGGUAUGAUAUGAGAGAUUUGGCUACGACCACGACUACUACAACUUUGAAGUUGGGCCCAAAACAAAGGGAUUGAGUAAAGUUAGAAGGCAUAUCUAGAUAGACUUGUGCAUUGCCAUACCCAAAUCCAACUACUGAGAUG